AAUACAUGGUUGCAACAACCCAUAAACUCAUUCACACAGAAAAGAAACAAAGGAACAAAUGGCCUCCGGAGUGUUUGGUAUCCCCAUUUCAAUGCAGACGGUGAUAGCCACUGGAGAGUAUAAAGAACCCGUCACCCAAAAAGAUGUUGCCGACUAUACCAUGAAGAUGAUCAACGCGGGUGGCAAGGAUAUUGACGCACAACAAUUCGUCGACAACCUGAAGAUCAAGUACGGUAAUGGAAUAUCUGUAAAAUGCCUCAUCUACAAUGCUACCGGUACCAAUCUGAGUUUCGUCACGUACAAGAAUUGGAUUGGCAGUAUCUUUGAUACACCCUACCCAUCGGAUAUUCAGAAUGGACAAUGGGGGGCAUUUCUCCACGUCAAACCAAGAGCAGCUGCGAAAGGUUCAACUGCCGCUGUUGUGUAUCGUAGCAGGAUCCCGUCCAGCAGCAGCUCCUGCGACUGGUUAUUCACUUGGUCUGUCCCAUUCAUUGGCAACAACGGGGUGUACACGGAAAUCCGUGAGCAAGGACACUUCCCUAAGCACUGGGAUUAUAUCUACAAUGUGAGGCUGGCAAAUUCAAAUCUCCACUCAACUGAUAGCAACUACGGAUAUGUUUCGAGGGCUAACAUCGGUGAAGGCACUACCAUGAACGCACGUGCAGUUUUCCAGCUUCCCUACUAGAUCUCAUUGCUAGCUGCAUGCUGCAGGGAGUGGUUAUAGUGGUCUUCAAAGCCGUUGCAAGUCCAUUUCCUUGCUGUCCUUGGGUUUCGGUUGUCCGCGAAUAAUAGAUGGAAGGAGAUGACAAAAAAAUUAUAUUGUGUACUUUCUUCUAUCAAGUUGUUACGAUAUCAAGUUGUACUUGUUUUGUACCGGCUAUUUGUUUCCUUAAUAAGUAUCAGAUAUAAGGCACUCUUCUGAGAGUCUUUUCUCAAAA